AUGUCCGACCUUGAAAAGACGCAGUCGCGUAGCGGUGCUCACAGUCAGGUUGAGGAUGUCAACGCCAACAUCCUAGCUCAGGCCGACGCGCCGAUUAACUACGAUGUUGAUGGCAUCAAGGGCAUCGUGCGGUCCCCAUACGUACUCGGGGCCGCCCUCUUGGCCUCAUUUGGUGGAUUCUCCUUCGGUUACGAUCAGGGUGUCAUCUCAAUCAUCCUGGUCAUGCCCCAGUUCCACGACCAAUUUCCCGAAACAUCCCCCGACCACCCGAGAUAUGGCUUCAACACCGGCUUCAUGACUGGUAUGCUUGAGUUCGGAGCUUUCAUAGGCUGCCUGUUUCUCCCAUACCUCGCCGAUAAGAUCUCCCGCAAAUGGGCCCUCACGAUCGCCACAUUCUUCUUCUGCGUCGGCGCCAUCAUCCAAACCGCGGCCCAUAACUACGGCACUUUGGUGGCCGGCCGCACCAUCGGCGGAAUUGGCGUCGGAACCCUGGCCAUGGGUGCGCCAUUGUACAUCUCUGAGAUUGCACCUCCGAACCUGCGAGGCUCCCUCCUCGUUCUGGAGUCCAUCAGCAUCGUCAUUGGUGCCAUUGUCGCGUACUGGAUCACGUUCGGGACGCGAAGCAUAUCCGGCGAGUGGGCUUUCAGGCUCCCAUUUGCUCUGCAAAUGGCUCCGGCGCUGAUGGUGGGCCUCGGCAUCCACUUCUUCCCGUUCUCUCCGCGUUGGCUCGCGAUGGUCGGUCGUGACGAGGACAGUCUCGGGGCUUUGACCAAGCUCCGCCGUGUACCCAUAUCCGACGAGCGCGUGCAGGCUGAGUGGAAGGGAAUCCUAUCGGAGGUGCGAUUUCAGCAGGCAAUGGUGGCUCGCGACCACCCGAGCACCAACGCUUUUACGGCCGAACUUGCGCAAUGGGCGGAUCUUUUCAGACCUCGAUACUUGAAGCGCACCACCAUUGCCCUCGCCAUCCCGUUCUUCCAGCAAUUCUCAGGAAUCAACGCGUUUGUAUACUACGCCCCUACGUUCUUUGCCGCCCUCGGCCAGAAGGGAGACAUGCCCCUGAUUUUAUCCGGGAUGGUCAACAUCUGCCAGCUUAUCGCCGGCAUUCCGACCUUCCUGUUCCUCGACCAAGUCGGACGUAGGAAGCUCGCAAUUGGAGGUGGUUUCGCCAUGGCUGUCCCCCACCUCAUCAUGGCAGGCGUGGUCGGCAAGUUCAACAGCAGCUGGGACGAGCAUCCCGCCAUGGGUUGGCUCGGCGUUGCCCUAAUUUAUAUCUACGUCCUCUGCUACGCGACAUCGUAUGGCCCCUUGGCGUGGACCUUGCCCGCAGAGAUUUUCCCGAACUCGAAGCGCGCCAAGGGUGUUGGAGCUGCGACCGCCAUGAUCUGGCUGGCCAACUUCAUCAUCGGAGUGUGUGUUCCGGAGAUGUUGAUCAAGAUUGGCUGGGGCACGUAUCUCUUCUUCGGGUGUUUCUGCGUUGCAGCCGGUGUCUUCUCCUUCUUCAUGGUGCCUGAGACGGCCCAUAAGUCUCUGGAGCAGAUCUCCGCCCUGUUUGGAGAUCACAGUGUGGCGGAGGAGCAGGACAUCCGCAGGCGCAUUGUGGAGGAGAUCUGGACCGACCCGAAGUAUCAGGUCUCCAGUAUGCCGUAG